CAAGCCCGGGUCGAGCAAUGAGACGCCGUCAGAGCGGCGUCGCGACGCGAGCGUUCGCCUCCGUCGGCGGCACACUAGGUAGACAAUACUAGCUCUUACUCAUUGAAAGACAGACAAGUCCGAGCGUGUGAUCAAUUCGGUCACUGGCCGCGAGCCAAACAGGAUCAACCGAUUGACUAGUGACUUUAACGAUUGGCCAGGUCUCGUGUUUUAUUUGUCGCGAUGAUUAAAAAAAAUUGAUAAUAUCGACAGCAAUUGAAAAAAAAAAAUUUUUUUUUUAAUUUUACGACCAAAUUUUAUCCCGCCGAAGGGAAGAAAAUUUCGCGCCAUUUCACACGUGCAAAGCCAAGCCAGAAGACUUUUAUAAUAAUUAAGUCUAUUUACCGGUAAAAUAUAAUUCAUCCUAUCAGAGGUUGGAUAACAUUCAUCAUUGAGAGUUACAGGUGCGCGUGACAGCUCAGAGGGGAUUGAAAAAAGAUAUCGGGAAGAAAUAGGGAAACUUGGAGUUUAAUCUCGUGAUGCGGUGAUGGCUCUGUUGUACAGAUUCGCGCAGCUACCAGAUCGCGGUGGCACGCGGGUCUUCUCUUUUGUAGUAACACGAAGCGUUGUACGAGAUCCCGAGAGAGAUGUCACCAGCAAGGAGCUUGUUUGCGGAUUUCAAAAAUGGGCUGUAGCGUUUUCAAGAGGGGACAAGGUAUUAGGAGUAUACCUAGUAUGGCGAGGAGCAGCUCCAGGUCUGCGAGUCUACGUGGACUUUACAUUCACCCUUCUAAACCGCGAGCAUUUUUCGGUAAACGAAGGAUUCUCUGGAAAGCGAGUAAAGUUUACCUACGAUGCACCAGCUCAAGGGAAUCGCAAUUACAUACCCGUAUCGGAUUUAUACAGCAGAAACUUUGCGGACACCAACGGGGAGUUUCAAUUGGAGCUCUCGAUGGCAAACGUCAGAACGGUCUUUUCAGCAGAGGUUCGACUACCCACAGGAAUGUUUACAACCGGGCAAGCAAAGCCCAACAAACUGGAGACAACUUACUUCACAUUCGGCGGAUUCGACUGGAAUCUGGCGGUUUAUCCCCAAGGCAACAAAGAAGACGAGCCGCGCUCAGAGGGUAAGUUGAGCGUCUACCUAAUCCGUCUGACGGGUUUCGACCACCCUUGUCGAGUGAGAUACAGCAUGGUACUGGGCGAAGGAGAGCGAAGAAUCGAGUCAGGUCAAAUCGACGACCUGUCAGACGCAGAGGGCCGAGGUUACGGUUGGCACACCCGUGUCCGUUGGUCAGACAUCGCUCACAAAGGUAUGUUGCGUGUGUCUUUGGAGAUGAUUGAAGCACGGACAUUUUCUGAGGUCGCGGUCCAGGCUCUAGGGCCAACAAUGCUUCCAGCAGCGCCUUGCUACGACCGCGACAAGCAGGCCUGGGCAGUGCGCGCAGACUUGCACUCUGACACUGUCAGGUUCCAUUUAGUCUACAAAGACAUCCACAACGUUCCGAGGAACCAUUUGAGGUACAUCUGCUGGUCCGCGUACUUGAUACGAGGGGACGAUCCGGACGCGGAGACGAUUCUCCUGCCAGGAGCCCCAUUUAGCCGGUACUAUUCUCAGGAGGCUGCUGACGAGGGUAUAAUUAUGGAAACGAGGCUCGGCGUUAAUGAAGUUAACGACGACCACUGUCCUUUUCUCACAAACAAGGGUCAGCUGAAGGUCAGGCUCGAGUGGAAUGAAAGCCAUUUGCUCUUCCAGGCCACUUACCACAAGUAUGACGACGUUUGUCGGGUCCAUAACCAGCAGAUGCGACGCGAAAUAGCCGCUCUACAAGCCGAGAACUACAGCUUGGAGCGACAACUAUUUAGCUACCAGAAAAGUCUUGCGUACGCUCAAGCCCAGCAGCAGGAAGAGGUCCAAGGGAGGCCACCACCCACCACCCAGCACUCAACCCAUGCCGGUGCUUUGGAAAGGUCCGCCUCAACUGACACCGAAUACGCCUGACAAGUCGAUCGAUCCCCGGCAAGACGCGGCCACCAGCUGCCUAUCAUCCAGGAAAACGACCAGAGGUUGCACCAGAAUCUUGUUAAUUUGAUGGACCGGCGGCUCAGCAAUGUUCAGAUCCAACAACAGAUGCGUCGGGAGUCCUACUAUCGUGACUCUUCUCCUCUGGUUCAGAUUGACCCCAGGCAAGGACGGGGAGUUGUCAAACAACAGCCAAGGUCUAGAUCCACUGCUGAUCCUGUUAAUAAUAACUGUAAUAAUAAUAGUAAUAGUAAUAAUAAUAAUAAUAAUAAUAAUUUUAAUAACAAUAACAACAACAAUAAUAACUGCAGGGGAUACUCACGAAACUUUCCAGGAUUUACGGAUUCAUACUGGCGUGGUCAGGCUGCUAAUCAAAAGAGACGUAGACCAACUCUCUGGGAAACUCUUGCCGGACUAGUGUGCUCUCUCGGGGCUCUAGCCUCUAGGGCUGCUAAAAUGGCUGCACGUAGGAGUGACAUGCUUUGAGAAUUGAAUGGACAAGUUGAUUUUCGUCAAUCGGAAUGCAAACAAAACAUAAAUUUAUUUUAUCUUUCUAAUGAAAUUGGAACAAAUCAACCAAAAUAAUAGUAAUUAUUUAUUAUGAUUAUUAUUAUAGUAAAUUAAGGUAGCAACAUUUCGAUUACACUUCUAUCUACUUGUAAGUUUCAGUCAGCAGGAUAAAAGUUAUUUUAUUUUAUUUAUUUUUCUUCUGAUUAUAUAUGAAAUAUAAAUAUAUAAACAAUAAAAGACUUUUUCACUCAUCUAUGUAUAAACGGUCGCUUAAAUAUAUCUAAUGAUCGAUCAACAAUUAUUAUUAGAGUUCAUUACUGUAUUUACUAUAGAUGUGUAAUGAGUACCAAUCGUAAUAAUAUAAUAAUAAUAAUAAUAAUAUAAAUUUUAAUGAUAAUUAUAAUGAUUAAUAAUUAAGAACUUGAAAAAGGAAUUUAUAGCGAAAGUUAUAGAUUGGAUAGAAAUGUUACAUAAUAAAAUGAAACAAUAAAAAGGGUUAAAUUGGAUCAGGGAUUUUGAGAAUAUAAUUUGGUUUUUCGAAAUUUAAAGUAUCAAUUAUUCAGAAUGAAAUAAAAGGUAAUAUCUUCGGUAGCAGUAGAUCAAUCAGACAGACAUUCAUCACAGUAUGACGUUGUAAUUUAGUGAAAGUUUUUUGACAACUGUGAAUUGACGAUUUACGGAAACAACUAUUCGAUAAAUUGUUCUUUCCGUGUUAAAUUCUCUCUGUACACAACAAAUUUAUCCAAUCGAAUCGGUGAUCUAUUUUUUAUCACCAAUUAACAAUUCACUCUUCCAUUACAUACGUGACGGAAAUUAACCGGAAAUUUCAUCGCAUCCUUUUUUUUUUAUUUCUUUCUUGUAAUCCAUUUACGGGGGAAUUUAAAUUCAAUAAAAAAGUUUCAUUAGUUGACGGUAAAUUUAUUUAAUACGAGUACUUUGAGCACCAAUUAUAAUAUAUAAAUAUAUAUUUAAAUGAAACAUUUAUUUAUCAAUCACUAAAAUAUUAAGCAGCGAGUAAUUUGAAAGAACUAAAAUGUUAUAUGAUCGCAAACAAGCAACGUCACAAGUGAAAAAUAUCCAAAAACUUUGUCGAGACGCAUAGCGUUUUAGUUAAUAGCAGAGAGUCUGUAUACUUUGUACAUAUCUACUAAUAAAUAAUCUAGCGCGAUAUCGUGUCUUUGUGAUCACGUAGACUCGCGCAUAUGUGACGCCAAGAGCUUGAAAUUAAUUAUUAAUCCAAUUGAUACGUUCCAACCUCAAGGAUCUACCGUUUGUUAUCGGCAAACACUUGGCGCAAGCUCUUCUACGUGAACACGAAAAAUCGUUAUGCGUUAACAACAAAAAUACAAAUCUGUACCUACAAUUAUCAAUUAAUAAUUAUAUAUUAAUAUACAUAUACAUAUUAUAGACUACAAUAUACUAUAUUAUAUUAAAUUAUAAUUGAUGAAUAUAUAUAUCAAGUCAUAGUGAAUAUUAAUUAAAUUUUAAAUAAAAGUAACAUCAAGCGUGUAUGCACAAUUUGCGCACUUCUUGCUUUAAACAAUUUGAAUGUUGUUUACAUGUUGUAAACUAAUCUCUCAUAUGUCGAUAUUUACAAAGCUUAUAUCCACACUGACUUUACAAUAAACGUACAAAAAAUAAUUUGAACAAACAAUAAAGCUAACAAGUAUCGUAAAUUUUUUUAUCUCUCAUUGGUAUUAAUUAAAACUAAAAAUCUUUUUUACGAUAUUACAUCAUUAAUGCAAUAGCAAACAAAACUUGUAGUUGGUAAUUGAUAGUUAAUAAUUAAUUAAUGCACGAAAAUUAAUUACAUUUUUACUAUUUUUACAAUAACAUGCAUUUUAAUAUUAUUGAACCAGAAGAUAAUGUGUAUUUUUUUUUUUAAUUUAUUUUAUUUGCUCAGUAUUACUUGAAAUUAUUCGCAGUCACGAUUCUACUAUAUCUAAAAAAGAAUAAAAAAAAAUAAAAAAUUGAGUCGGUCAACAAUUUCUUUGAAUUAAGACAAUCGCACACAUUAUUUUAUUUUCUCCCUUUCUAAUAAUGCAAAGAGCACUGUGUCUAUUUUAAUGACGAGAAUGGCACAUAAUAAUAAUUAUAAUAAUAGUCAUAAAAUAAUAUAUAUAUGAGCCCGGGUCUUCAUAUAUAUCUUGUAGCAGUACAAAGCUUCGAUACAAUAUAAAAAAAAUUUAUAAUCCAAUCACUUUGAAUACUCUUGUAUAAUUAUUAUAAUGGUAUAUAAUAUAUGUGUAUAAUAUUGUCGUUAGGAAAUAACUGAGCCAAUGCGCUUAGCUACUAAUUAUAUACAUAUAUACACAAUAUAAAAUAUAUACACAUGUAUAUAUAGAUAUAUGUAUCUGUAUGCAUAAAACAAAUUUAUUCUAUGACGAGGACUUGUGCUCAUUACCCAGUGAGCUUUCCAAGUUUCCAGCCUUCACUUCAAUAUGAAAACUGAUUAAGUAUGAAGGAUACUAUAUAACGAUAAUCGUAUAUAUAUAAAACACUCUCUCACUCUCUUCCUCUCUUACGUAAUUUGUUUUUGAUUAUUAUCAUCAUUAAUACUUUGAAGUUCAUUAUCUAUUGUGACUUUUUAUUUAUUUUCUCUUCACUAAAGAGACAAAUUUAAAUAACUUAGUAUUUACUACGGUAAAUACAUACUUAAUAACAAUGCAUUAUUACUUUAACUUCCAACUUCUAAACUUUAUUAUUAUUAUUAUCAUUAUUUUUUUUAAUUUUUUUGAAUUUACAAAAAAAUUCAAAAAAUUUCUAAACUGCGGAUGACAGUUCUAAACUUUCCCAGGGUUUUUACGACAUUUAUUAAAAUUCUUCGAACUGUCCAAACAUUUUCUAAAUUUUCAGAAUUGUUUUGGACAGUUUUAAACUUUAUUGAAUAUAGUUACAAACUUUAGCUUGCUAAUUGUAAGCAAAAUAUUAUUACAGUAUUAUAUUAAUUAUAAGUUAUAAGUUAUAAUUUAUAACAUUACAAUAUGUCACUAAAACAAAGACUUAUUUAAUAAUUUAAUAACUUUAUAAUUGACACAGAACUUUUUUUUACAAAAUUCAAAUUGCAAAGAGAAAACGAGUGAGAGAGAAAAGCAUUUUUUUUUUUCAUCGUUAUUUAUUUUUUAGUUUCAAAUUGUAUUCAACUUGAAUUAUCGAUCCAAGAGAAUUGAAUGCUCGCAUUUAUUUAUUCAUGCUUUUUACGUCCGAUUAUCAAUACAUAUUUACUCUUGCUCUGCGUGGCAAAAUGAAUACAUAGAAAUAAAAUAACAAUAAAAAUAAAGGUAAAAUGAAAA